UCUUAGGACUUCCUAAGGCAGGGUGAAACUGUGUCAAGUCGAUGCGAUGAGGUGCAGGGCCUGAUAAAAAGGGGCUGCAACAUGACCUUUAUCGAGAACCCCCUCGGACAGCAGGACAUUGUCCAGAACAAGUCAGUGACCAAUCGCAGCAAAGGACUGGUAGCAUUAAAACCGGAGGAAAUCACACAGGUCCAGCCCCAGAAAGUCAACCUCACCCUCCGAUCUGGUGAGCCCCAGUCUUUUGAGCUGAAGUUUAAAAGAGCAGAAGAUUAUCCCAUCGACCUGUACUACCUGAUGGACUUGUCCUAUUCUAUGAAGGAUGAUCUGGAGAAUGUAAAGAACCUGGGGACCAGCCUGAUGGAAGAGAUGCAAAAGAUCACCUCUGACUUCAGGAUAGGUUUUGGGUCCUUUGUGGAGAAGACAGUCAUGCCUUACAUCAGCACCACUCCAGCCAAGCUGCUAAACCCUUGCACCGGCGACCAGAACUGCACCAGUCCGUUCAGCUACAAGAACGUGCUGCCACUCACUAGCGACGGAAACAUGUUCAACAACCUGGUGGGUGUGCAACAGAUCUCUGGGAACCUGGACUCUCCUGAAGGGGGCUUUGACGCCAUCAUGCAAGUGGCUGUCUGUGGGGAGCAGAUUGGCUGGAGGAAUGUAACCCGCCUGCUGGUGUUUUCCACUGACGCCGGGUUCCACUUUGCUGGGGAUGGCAAGCUGGGUGGCAUUGUGCUGCCCAACGAUGGGAAAUGCCACCUAGAGAACAACGUUUACACAAUGAGCCACUACUAUGACUACCCCUCCAUCGCUCACCUGGUUCAGAAGCUGAGCGAUAACAACAUUCAGACCAUUUUUGCCGUUACAGGAGACUUCCAGCCGGUUUACCAGGUCCAUUUUAACAUCAGCAUCACCUCUAAGGGUUGUCCAAACAAUGGAAAGCCUGAGAUCAUCAAGGUAAGGCCCCUGGGGUUCACCGAGGAGGUCGAGAUCACCCUCAACUUCAUCUGUGAGUGCGACUGCCACCAUCAACGCAUAGAGAAUAGCCCAGACUGCCACUUUGGUAACGGAACCUACGAGUGUGGCGCCUGCAGGUGCAAAGACGGCCGCGUGGGCAGGAAGUGCGAGUGCAGCAGCAACGACGUGGCCACAGAGGACAUGGACCGGACCUGCCGCAAAGACAACGGCACCGACAUCUGCAGCAACAAUGGAGAAUGCGUGUGCGGCACGUGUGAGUGCAAGACAAGAGAAAACCCAGAGGAGAGGUACAGCGGCCAGUUCUGCGAGUGCGAUAAUUUUAACUGCGACCGCUCCGGGAACAAACUCUGUGGAGGGCACGGAAAAUGCGUGUGCAGGAAGUGCGUCUGUGACCCCAUGUGGAACGGAACGGCCUGCGACUGUUCUCUGGACCAGAGCACGUGUCUGGCCAAAAACAAGCAGAUCUGUAACGGCAGAGGACGGUGCGAAUGCGGCACCUGCAAGUGUGAUGAUCCUAAAUUCCAGGGCUCGACGUGCGAAAUGUGCCCCACCUGUCCCGGAGUCUGUGCUGAACACAAAGACUGCGUGGAGUGCCGGGCGUUUGGCACUGGGGAGAAGAAGGAAACGUGUCAGAAAGAAUGCAGCUACUUCACCUUGUUUAAAGUGAAAAGCAGGGAAAAGCUACCCCAACCCAACGACGGUGCCUACCCCAUCGGUCACUGCAAAGAGAGGGACGCCAACGACUGCUGGAUGUACUACACAUACAGCGUCACCAACAACACAGAGAACGUGGUCUACGUCUUGGAGGAGCCUGAUUGUCCCACCGGCCCAGAUAUCAUCCCCAUUGUGGCAGGCGUGGUCGCCGGUAUCGUUCUGAUAGGCUUGGCACUCCUGCUCAUCUGGAAGCUGCUUAUGAUUAUCCACGACAGGAGAGAGUUCGCCAAGUUUGAGAAGGAGAAGAUGAACGCCAAGUGGGAUACGGGUGAAAAUCCUAUCUACAAAAGUGCCGUCACGACUGUGGUCAAUCCUAAAUAUGAAGGCAAAUGAUGACCUGCUGAAACGUCUUGAACUGUUACUUCAACUAUCCAACAGCUGUUGCAUUUACCGCUGGUUUGGGGUCCGGCCGAAGAGAGCGGUGGAAAAAUUUAUGCAUUUGUCUCGUCGCUUCGUCAUAACAUUGUAUCACCUGCCCACAGCAUCUCUUUUUUUUUUCUUUUUUACUAACACGUAUGACUUAUACCCAUGUGUUGUAUUGUUGUGUACAGUGUAUGUUGUGUGUACAUACUCAGAGAAACUGAAGUGGGUGUUUCUUUCCUGCUGACGGACUGGUCCUAUCGGAAUUUGAAGCCCAUGGAUUUAGACGAACGACUUCUUCAGCUUCUGCUUGUCUUCGCGUUUUUUCUCACAAACUCCUGUUUGAUACGUCACUUUUGAGCCGUAGCCGCACAGCUUUUUAUGUAUAUUUAGAGAACAAUUGCAAUAAGAUAUUCUGAACAAUGUCGAACAGCUUUCAGUUUAAGCCGGACGCUUGCCGUGAAACAGCAGAUAAUACAGCGGUUGUAAAUUUGGUUUUGAGUUAAGAUGUGAUAUAAGAUUUUAUCGUGCUCUGAUAGAAAGAAGUCAAAACACUCAGAAAGAGUACUAUUACUAUUUUUAUGCAGUUUUUAGAUAGCCUUAUAUCAUAAAGGGAUUGUAAACCACUUGUUAAAACAAUGAAUUUGCAGCAAUUUUAAACAAUCAAAGGAUUUCUUUACCUGUUAAACUAGAGAUACAAAUAUGUUUUUUUUUUCCUGCAUUCACUUUUAUCCUCAGGUCCCUUGUGUUUUCAUGUCAGUCGCGCUAAAUUUAUGCUUGUUUUUUAUGCUAGUUUUAAUAUUAUUCACACUGAAAGACAGAAAAUGUCACAAGAAUGACCCCAGAAAUGUGCUCACACCCAAAUGCCUCUAAAUUCCACACACAGGCCUUUUACAACGUUGCUUUCAAAGUGCCUUUCUUUUUUUAUUUGAUUUUAUGAUCAUAUUCAACUCAGUGCUGUUCACAAGAUAUUUAUUAAAUACACCAAAAAAAGUGUA